ACACUUCUGUGUGCUUUCUUUUCUCCUUGGUGCAGCAAUUGGAAGCAGUGGUUUCAGCCCAAGACAAACACACCAGUUCUCCCCACCACAGAUUUACCCUUCCAACAGACCAUACCCACAUAUUCUUCCCACCCCUUCUUCGCAAACGAUGGCUGCAUAUGGGCAGACGCAGUUUACAACAGGGAUGCAACAAGCUACAGCUUACGCCACCUACCCACAGCCUGGCCAGCCCUAUGGAAUCCCUUCAUAUGGUGCAUUGUGGGCAGGCAUCAAGACAGAAGGUGGAUUGUCACAGUCCCAAUCACCUGGACAGACAGGAUUUCUAAGCUACAGUGCCAGCUUUAGCACACCUCAACCUGGACAAGCUCCUUAUAGCUACCAGAUGCAAGGCAGCAGUUUCACAACAUCAUCAGGAAUAUAUGCAGGAAAUAAUUCGCUCACAAAUUCUACUGGAUUUAAUAGUUCACAGCAGGAAUAUCCCUCUUAUCCCAGCUUUGGCCAAGGCCAAUAUGCACAGUAUUAUAAUAGCUCACCAUAUCCCUCACAUUACAUGACAAACAGCAACGCAAGCCCAACGACACCCUCCACAAACGCAACAUACCAGCUUCAAGAACCACCAUCUGGCAUCACCAGUCAAGCAGUUACAGAUCCUGCAGCAGCAGAAUACAGUACAAUUCACAGUCCAUCAACACCCAUAAAAGAUUCAGAUUCAGAUAGAUUGCGUCGUAGUUCAGAUGGGAAAUCACGUGGACGUGGCAGAAGAAACAACAAUCCUUCACCACCACCUGAUUCUGACCUAGAGAGAGUAUUCAUUUGGGAUUUGGAUGAGACAAUCAUCAUUUUCCAUUCCUUGCUUACAGGGUCCUAUGCUAACAGAUAUGGAAGGGAUCCACCCACCUCAGUGUCUCUUGGACUUCGAAUGGAAGAGAUGAUUUUCAAUUUGGCAGACACGCAUCUAUUCUUUAAUGAUUUAGAAAUCAUUUCUUCAGAAAGAGAGAUGGCUCAUUUGCUUCACUAUAUGCAAACAUUUUUUGUAAUUGCUUCCAAACUGAUACAGAUAAUUUGAACAUUUAUAAAAUCUAAUAUUAAAGAUAUAUGACAAGUAUUUUAACACAUUGAAAAUAAAAUAUUGUUACUAAUGUAUAAUUUGAUCUAAGGACCAUCAAAAGCAAUGAUUUACUGAAUUAACAGUAAUUUUGUGGUGGUAUUAUAGAACCAUACAAGGCCAAACAUUAGAAAAUAAGUGCAGUAUUUCCAAAAUUUAUAUUUUGAAGUCUGCAUUUAGGCUCCAUAAUAAAAGUUCGAGUUUUCAGUAUUGAAAAUCAUUAUUUAAGCAUGUAAUAUUCUAUUCCAUAGUAGAAUUUUAAUUGUGCACAGGAGGGAAAAAAUACAUUGAUGUAGAGCUCUCAAGAGAACCAAAAUUAUCUCAUCAGGAAAGAAUGUCUGAUUUUUACAUGCUGAUUAUGUUGUGAUAGGGAUAAUAAGGUAUAAUAUUUUAAUGGCAUGUAUGGAGCAAUUACGCAUAUUAGGUAUUUUAGAAUGUAUGCUCAAGUGUUUUAGGGAAAUUAAGAAGCUGAUGAUAGGACUGAAAUGUGACAUCUACCUAUCACAUCUUUAAAGAUUGUAUACAUUUCUGUAUGUAUGCUGAUCCUCUUAAAAGAUUAGAUUUUUCAUUUCUUUGACAUAUUAAGUGCACAUUAUAGCUAGGUAUGCUGAAAAAUUGGUGGUUGUGACUGAUUAUGAAUGUCCUAUUUCAAAAAGUGAAUUCAGGUUUUGCAAACUUGAUUCUAAGAUGAUUCUAUCUCAUUAGAUCUGUAGAUUUAGAGAGUUAUAAUUCUAUUUAUUGAAUCUGGAAAUGUCAAUUUAUUCGUUCUACGAGCACUUGAAGCCUUAUUUUUUAAUCUUAUCUAAUGCUUCUUAUACGUAAGAUAAUUUUUUUAAGUGUUACAUUUUAUUAAAAUAAAGUCCAAUUAUUUGGAGAUUUUUGUCAGGAUUAUUUGUUCUUCUAUUGUAGGCUUUUUAUUACUGUUUGUUCAUUUCAGGUUUUGUGGGUGAACUCAAAAUAAGGUUUUAUAAGUUAUGAAACUAUUAAAAAAAUAUUUUGGUGCCCUAAGAAAUGAAUGCAUGUAUAAGGGCACAGUAAUGAUGGUUAGCAUCCUUUUUUUUUCAUCAGUGAAGAACACGUCCUGCACACUCCUGGCCUCACAAUUCACUUUUGUUUGUGAAGGCUCUGUAUGCAAAGUGAUGAUAUAUGCAUAACUGCCAUUUAUGAUGAGUGGCAGUAUGUUACAAGAUUCUAAGCAAUUUUAGUUGACGUAUUUUUCUUACUAAUAAAAGAGAAUGCUGUCAGGCAA